CAUUCCAAGCAGUCCGUGAUUCUUCAGUAGCCGCGGUUCGGUUUGUUCUAAUGAAUGUAAUGGACACUAAAGAUAAUGAGUUAUUUGUUUAUGUCACAGAUGUGAACUCAGCUAGCUAACACCAGCUGUUACAACUGUAAAACAGCUAAUGUGGCUAACUCUCACUGUGUGUUUGUGUGUGUGCAGUUAUUUUUGUCGUUUUCCUGGUUUAAGAACGGAGAGAGAGUUUUAAAGUUCGCCAGUCAACAGAAAUAAUACGUGAAUGAUUGUACAGGAAACCGUUGCAGUAGUAGACCAAGAUGAGUUCUAGACUGUCAGGUGACCUGGAGAGAGACGAGGUGGAAGAAGAGGAAGAAGAAGAAGAAGAGGAAGGCGAGAGGGCGAACCCAACAGUAGUGAGAAUGAGUCAGAUUGUGAUGCCCUGCCACAGCAACCAUCGACAGGAGCUGAGCGUGGGACAGCUGCUCAAGUGGAUGGACUCCACCGCCUGCCUUUCUGCUGAGAGACAGGCUGGAAGUCCCUGCGUCACUGCUUCCAUGGACGACAUCCACUUUGAUCACACCAUCAGUGUGGGUCAGGUGGUGAACAUCAAGGCAAAGGUGAACAGAGCCUUUAACACCAGUAUGGAGGUGGGCAUACAGGUGAACUGUGAGGACCUGUUCUCUGAUCGUCACUGGAGAGUUUGUAAUGCCUGCGCCACCUUUGUAACCCAGCGUACAAACGCGGGGAAAAAGGUGGUGUUGAAGCCCAUCGUGCCUCAGACUCAGAAAGAACAGGUCGAAUACAGCGUCGCAGCCGAGAGACGGAGGGUCAGGAUGGUACAUGAUGACAUCAUCAAAGAUCUGCUCUCCCAUGGCUUCAUCCAGCAAGCUGAUAACUCAGCAGUUGGCAAUGCAGUGGCAGCAGAGAAGACCAAGGUGGAGAGUGUCGAGCUGGUUCUACCUCCUCACGCCAACCAUCAGCUGAAUACAUUUGGAGGACAGAUCAUGGCCUGGAUGGUGAAUGUGGCUAUGAUUGCUGCCAGUCGUCUGUGUCAGGCUCAUCCGACUCUUCGCACCAUUGAUAUGUUCAAGUUCAGAGGUCCUUCUCAAGUUGGAGACAGACUUCUGCUGAGAGCUAUUGUCAACAACGCCUUUAAAAACAGCAUGGAGGUAGGUGUGCGAGCAGAGGCCUACCAGGAGGAGGGACCAAACCGACACAUAAACUCUGCCUUCAUGACCUUUGAGGUGCUCGAUGACCACAGGACGCCAUGUACGUUGCCCCGGAUACGUCCUGAACCCCUGGAAGGGGAGAGGAGGUUUCAAGAGGCCAUAGCCAGGAAGAAGAUAAGAUUAGACAGGAAGUAUAUAAUAUCCCGUACACAGGCCGAGGUACCUCGGUCCGUCCCCUGGGACCCCAGAAACCAGGUGUAUUUGAGCUAUAACAAUGUGUCAGCUCUGAAGAUGUUGGCUGCGAGAAACAAAUGGCGCCUCAGCUCUGAGAAAGACAAGGUCCGUCUUUACACACUGGAGCAGAAAUCCACGCUGAGUUUCAGGGUGGAGGCUGAGGUGGAUGUUCCUGCUCACACAGCCUUUCGUCUGCUGGCCGAGCUCAGCAACAGACCGAGCUGGGACACACACUAUCUGAGCUGUGAGCUGAUUCAUCGUGUGGAUGACGAGGACUUCCUGUACCGCGUGGUUACCCCGUCAGUUCAUCGCAGAUCUGCAGCCUCCCCGUCUUCAGCCAGUCAGGUAGAAGGAAUUCUCCACGACUUCAUCUUGUUGGCUUCCAAGAGGAACCCAUGCGGCAGCGGAGAUCCGUACGUCAUCGCCCUGCGCUCAGUGUCUCUGCCCACUUACCCUCCAACUGAAGGGUAUAACAGAGGGGAGGUUCUGUGUGCUGGGUUCACCAUACUGGAGACGGAAAACAACAUGUCACUGAUCAGCUACUAUAACCAGGCGUCUCCUGAGGUCCUUCCCUACAUUUCCAAUGACAUCGCCGGCCUCUCCUCCUCUUUCUACCACACCUUCUGUUCAUGUAGACAGUACCUGACUGAGAACAAGCUGCAGUUCACCUCUGAGGAGCAAAGAGGUCAAAGUCAGGUCACAGACACAGACAGAACCACCCGUGACAGCGAAACUGACAGUGUGUCAUUGCAGCUAUAGACACUCAGUACUACUGUUCAGGCCAGUUUAUAUAUAUAUAUAUAUAUAUAUACUGUAUAUAUAUUAAAAAACAGUUUGCGCUGAUAUUUGCAUUAAAAUAUUUUUUAAAGGUACAUAUAGAUCAAGAAAAAAGGGUCAAUUUAAAUUAAAAACAAACUAUCACAAACACAUAAGAUGUAAUUUAACAUGAAUUCACUUUGAAUCAAUGACUGUGAAAAGAUGGAAGUAAAGCCAAAAUACCCAGAUACUCCCCCUGGUGGCAUAAAGCGGCAUACUGUAGUGAGUGGAUCAGACAUGAAACAACAUAAUGCUCAAUUUUACAUGAAGUCUGUUUUACCCAAAAUAUGGUUUGUGUCAUUUUAGGUAGUUCUUAUCAUACGUGUGUUUCUGAUCAGAUGGGCUUAAAGUUAUUUGAUGCUGUUUCUGAAACUGAAUGGUAGUUGUACUUAAAUAGAUAGGAUAGAUAUUAUAUUUUGGGUUCAUUUUGUACAUCUUCUAAACAGUCUUUGGUUUGAAUAUGUAAUAUAAAACUAUGCAAUUGAACACAGUGGUUCUCAAACGUUUUGUGGCAUUACCCCAUUCAGAUCAAUUAUUCACAAUGAACUAGUAUAAUAGUAGUAUAAAAAACCCUUAUAAUUCACUUCAUAUUUUCCUUUUUGUCAUUUAUGGCAACCUGCAGUGUCUCUCCCCUCCCUCUAGGGGGUGUUCCAAGUUUGACAAUCACUGAUUGAAAGGUUUGAUGGACUGUAGAGGUCAUUGUAAAUAUAACCAAAUAUAGGGUUGAAAGUAGAGUGUAUUUUUUACAAACACUAAAGGUGGUACGUUGUUAGUUGGAGCUACUUGAGUCCAUUUGCUGACAGUAACUUCUGUUUUUUCAUUAAAGAAACAAACAAACAUGUCACACAGGGUCUUUCAUAGGAAUUUAAACUGUUAUUGACAUUUUUUACAUUUACACUUUAAGAACAGACCAAAGCAUUUUAUUAAACAGUUUAAUUUUAAA